UACUUUAGUUCAGGGUAACAUGGGUGUAACCAGUUAUUUCAACAAACUAAAGUGUAUUUGGGAUGAACUUGAUGCAAUGAAUACAUUCUCCUCUUGUGUUUGUGAUUGUAAGUGUGGUGGAAAAACUAAGACUAAUAAGGCACAAGACGAUGAAAGACUAUUGCAAUUUUUAAUGGGUUUGAAUGAAUCAUAUCUGGGAGUGAGGAGAAAUAUUUUGAUGACCACUCCUCUCCCAUCUAUUGGCCAUGCCUACUCACUUGUUGUUCAGGAUGAAAAGCAAGCUGAGAUCCAACACACUCCACCCUAUCCAACUGAUUCUGCUUCUUUCAUAGCUGCUGGACAAAGUUAUCAAAACAACAGGAUUAACACAGGUGACAACAAAGGACAGAGGGGGUUUUAUGACAACAAAAGAAAUUCACUUGUGUGUACCUAUUGCAAGAGGCCCCGUCAUAGUGUAGAAAAAUGCUAUAGGUUGCAUGGAUAUCCAGCAGACUUUAAGUUCACCAAGAAGAAGCAAUUUCAGGUGCCUGUUAGCGGAAAUGCAGUUUUAACCAAUGAACAACAAGCAGGAAAGGGAAUCCUACAAAAUCCAAUUGCACAACUGAUGCAGCUACUGCAACAAGUUAGUUUUGACCAGCACGGUUCAACUACUACUGAUGGGAAAAUCAAUGCUAAUUGUGCUGGGCCCUUCACUGAGGAGCCCUCUGGAAAUUGGUGAAGCAAAGAAAGGCUUAUACAUUUUCCAGUCCAGUCCACUUACUUCUAGUUCUCAGCAGCCUACAAGCCAAGUUACUAGCAGUCUUCUUUCAGUUUCUAAUAUCAAUAGUCCUGAUGUUGUUCCAGGCUUAGCUAGCAGCCUUAUUUCAAUUUCUAAUGUUGCUUGUCCUGAGGUUGUUUCAGGCUUAGUUUCUAAUGUAAAACCUGAUGUUGUUCCAGGUUCUUUGUCUAGUACUUCUGUUAAAUCUAGUGAAGUAGCUACUGUUUUAGCUUCUAAUUCUACAGUUCCUGAUGUAACCACAAAGUUAUGGCAUUAUAGGUUG